UGCUUGCUUUUUUUUUUUUUUCAUUUUUUUUUUCUUCUGUCUUUAGGGACUGUUACAACAACCAAACGGACAGGCAUUCCAGCUCCACGGGAACUUGCAGUAACUAACUCAAGAGAGAGGUCUGUGCCACGCAGACCCUCCAACUCCAGGAAGUCAGUGUCCAGUCAAACUUCCAUCCCCCCUGUCAAGCCCCCAAGGAGCAUUUUCACAAAACUCAAGCAAGAGAAUGAAGGUGGGGAGAAGGCUCUGCUUGAGUCCCAAGUUCAGGAACUUUUGGCAGAAGCCAAAGCAAAAGACAAUGAAAUUAACAGGCUUCGAAGUGAACUAAGGAAAUGCAAAGAGGAAAGAAGCCCAACUGGAACUCAGUUGUCGAGUGAAAUUGACGAGUAUAAAAAACAUGUACAUGAAAAUGCAUUGCAGACAUCAGAUUCUUCAAGUAGUGAUGUUACCAAGGCUUCUUUGUCACCAGAUGCCUCUGAUUUUGAGCACAUUACAGCAGAGACACCCUCGAGGCCCCUGUCUUCCACUAGCAACCCCUUUAAGAGCUCCAAGUGUUCUACCACUGGGAGUUCCCCUAACAACCUGAGUGAAUUGUCCUUGGCUUCCCUCACAGAGAAGAUACAAAAGAUGGAAGAAAAUCACCAUAGCACCACAGAAGAACUGCAGGCUACUCUGCAAGAGCUAUCAGAUCAGCAGCAAAUGGUGCAGGAACUGGCAGCCGAGAAUGAGAAACUGGUGGAUGAGAAGAUGAUUUUAGAGACAUCCUUUCAUCAGCAUCGAGAGAGGGCAGAGCAGCUAAGUCAGGAAAAUGAGAAGCUGAUAAAUCUUUUGCAAGAACGAGUAAAGAAUGAAGAGCCCAACAUUCAAGAAGGAAAAAUCCUUGAACUGGAGCAGAAGUGCACAGAUAUUCUUGAACAGGGCCGCUUUGAAAGAGAGAAGCUGCUCAACAUUCAGCAGCAGCUGACCUGUGGCUUGCGGAAGGUCGAGGAAGAAAACCAAGGAGCUUUAGAAAUGAUUAAACACCUGAAAGAAGAAAAUGCAAAACUGAACGGGUUUCUGGAACUGGAACGGCGUAAUAACAGUGUGAUGGCCAAGACUCUGGAAGAAUGUAGCGUUACCUUGGAAGGGUUGAGGAUGGAGAAUGUGUCUUUGAAGGCUCAUUUGGAGGGUGAGAAGCCAAAAGCUGUGGAGACCAGUACCAUGGGGCAGAUGGCAGAGAGGUGUGAAGUUCAAGAGAUGCUGAAAGUAGCUCGAGCUGAGAAAGAGCAACUGGAACUGUCUUGCACCGAGCCCAGACAAGAAUUACUAAAGGCGAAUGGUGAAAUUAAACAUGUCUCCAGCCUGCUGGCCAAGGUGGAAAAGGAUUAUUCUUACCUAAAGGAGAUAUGUGAUCACCAAGCAGAACAGCUGAGCAGAACCAGCCUAAAGCUGCAAGAGAGAGCAUCAGAAAGUGAUGCAGAGAUAAAAGACAUGAAAGAAACCAUAUUUGAAUUGGAAGAUCAGGUGGAACAGCACCGGGCCGUCAAGUUACAUAAUAACCAACUCAUUAGUGAGCUAGAAAGUAAUGUGAUCAAGCUGGAGGAGCAGAAGUCAGACCUGGAAAGGCAGCUGAAGAUGUUGACUAAACAGGUGAAGGAGGAGACUGAGGAGUGGCGGCAGUUCCAGGCAGACCUGCGGACGGCGGUGGUGGUCGCCAAUGAUAUCAAGUGCGAGGCCCAGCAGGAGCUGCGCUCCGUGAAGCGGCGGCUGCUGGAGGAGGAGGAGAAGAAUGCCAGGCUGCAGAAGGAGCUGGGGGAGGCGCAGGGCCGCGGCAGGUGGGUGCGAGCAGGGCCUCCCUCACAAGCAACUUGCUAUGGUCAGUGGGAANNNGUCUGUGUUAACAAAACGUCUCCAACACCUUUGGAGCCUGCAACCACUGUUAAGUCACUUACCAAGUCAUUUGACUUGGGACACCCAGGUGGAUCUGGACAGAAUAUUUCUGUCCCAAAGACCCCGAGAAGUCCCUUAACUGGAAUACUAGUAAGGACUGCUCCAGCUGAUGCUGUCUCUCCAAUACAACAGAGGCAUUCGACUUUCGGUGGGAUGCGGACAGCCAGCAAAGGAGCGAUUCAGCGCUUGGAUCUUCCAGACCUUUCCCUCUCGGAUCUUCUCAAGGGAAGGGCUGAGGACCUGAAGCCAGACCCUUACCUCCAUAAGAAUCCCUCGCUGGAGUCUCUGUGCAGACCCCCCUCUCUGGGCUUCGGGAACACUAGACUGCUCAGCGCUUCCACUGAGGGGUUGAAACCCCAAAGCAAACUCAGUGUGGAAAGAAGAGACCCUCUGGUGGCCCUGGCCCAGGAAUACGGGGGCUCCAUACGCAACGCACUGCUGAAGUGGUGCCACAAGAAGACAGAAGGAUAUGCGGUAAGGGACACUGUAGCCAACUUCCAGCCAGCUCUGGGUGGUGGUCGUCCUGCGCCGGUGCGUGGUCUGUGUGGCCCAAUAUGCAUAUGACUGUCCCCUCUCUACUCCCGUGGCAGGGAGGGUCUGGUACGUGCGCACUGCACAGAGGCACCCAGACGAGGGGGCACCUGGGACUGAAAGCCAGUCUGCACUCUGCCCAACAAACCGUACACCUCAGUGCAGGGCUGCAUCCCCUGUGGGAAGGAGGUCCUUUUUCAUUGCUCAAAAGGAAACAUAAACCACCCAAGCGGUGCCCCAACAGGCUGAUUCCUCCCAAGGAGACAGGUUUUGCUAAAUCACCUUCCCAAUAAUGGUGCCUUCUCCUAAUUUAUAUAAUGGCCCCACAUAGGUGGGCCUCCAAAAUUUUUCCAAAAAUAUUCCUUAUAUUGCUUUAAGCAUUGUUUGUAUUUAGUUUGAGUGUUGGUUUAGGAGAGCAGUAUUUGUUUUCUGUUAGGGUCAGAUAAGGAAGUAAUAUUAAUGUAAGAUUUAGCUUUUUUAUUAUGAAAUAUCAUGCACAAAGGUAAAAGUGCAUGGAAUAGAAAUGAUAGUUCCAUGAAUUAUCAUGAAGUGAAAACACAUGCAGUUAUCAGUCCCAUCUGGAAAUGGAGUGUUGCCAGUUCGCACAACCUGUUCAUGACUUUCCAGUCGUAACCCCUCACUGCUCCCUAAGAUAACUACUGACCUCAAUUUUUUCUUUAUAGUUUUCUACAAAAGUAUGCAUCCCUAAGUACUGUUAGAUUUGCCUGUAUUUGAAUUUACUAUACCUGGGAUAAAAAGCCGUGUGAUAUUUGCAUCUGGCUUUUUCACACAGUGUCAUUUCUGUAAGAUUUAUCCAUUUGUUGUUGCAUGUAGCUAUAGUUCAUUUUCUUCACCAUUUAGUAACCCUCUAUAUGAUUAUACCAGUAUUUAUUUAUCCAUUGUAUAGUUGAUGGACAGCCGAGUCAUUUCUAAUUUGGGUCUAUUAAAAUAGUGCUGGUAUGUUCUUGUGCAUGUCACUUGAACAUGUAUGUUCUCAUCCCUGCUGCACAUACACUUUGGAAUGGAAUUACUGGCCCGUAAGGUAUGCAUGCAUUUGAGUAUAGUAGAUAGUACCAAGCACUACUGAAGUAG